AUGGACAGGGCAAUCCCAGCCUGGAAAGCGCUGGACCAAAUCAUGAUCAACGCGUCACUCAUAUUGUUCCAACCUCAACAGAUGACAAUGUCCAUCAUAAGGACAGACUCAAUGACCCUGAGACUGCUCCUCCAGGAUGUCCCAGAAAAUUUCGUGGUACAGUAUCCAUUGACCUUCGUCCAUUACCAGGCCGACGAUACAACAAUCAAUUCACCCAACGACAACAGAACCUCUCACCAAGACAGUCUGACCCCACAUCAGACUGAACACGAUGAUAUCAGCGUCGUGCCUCACAGCAUCGUGCCUCGAGAGAGGGCGACUUUUCACCAGAAUGAGCACGAGGAUAGCAGCGUAUAUGCCUCAGACACUUUGAAUCAAGAGUAUUAUGGUCCGCGAAGUUUUUUAUCCUUCUCUUCUCAACCUGGAGUGGUUUGGAUCAACUCAAAAGUCAAGUCAACUGAGUUUUCCCAUGUAGCCACGCGAAUGAUUACCGAAAUGGCGCGUAUGUUGAAGAUGAGUCGCACGCCAUCUGCUGCGCGGGAACCAGAACCUCCUGCAGAAGUCCAAAGGCAAUAUACAAAAGCCUACUUUGAAGAAGCUCCCGAAGCAGCCUUCAAUGUCGUUAACCGCUCAUGGUUUGAGUCUCGGCUUAGUGCCCCUCAAAAUGGCACGACCACCGACGACAAAGCUUGGUAUGCGUUGCGUAGUGUUCUCUGGGCGAGUGGGUCUCGAAUUUCGCUGUCGAAAAGCAAGAGCUUUGGGGAAGCUUCCCGGUCUUCGUGGGCCUUGUUCGAAAAUGCACUUUCUGUGCACACCGAAAUUCAGCUUUUGCGCGCUUCUCUAGUCGCUGUACAAGCACUUGUGUUAAUGGCAUACUACGCCGAAGGUGUGGGCAAGACAUCCUUGCAGUACAUGUUGUGCUCGACUGCAAUGCGCCUUGCCUGUUCUAAAGGGCUACACCGACAACCUCCGAGAUCAUGGAAGAUACCUCCAUACGAAGCCAAGCAUAGAAACUGGAUAUUUUGGUCUAUCUAUUGCUUGGAGAAACAAAUUUGUACACGCUCGGGCCGUCCAUCGUCGAUGGAUGACGAUGAUGUGAGCACUCUUGUUCCCCAGAGCGCGCUCACAAAUUCAUCAGGGGACACUAUGUAUUGUCACAUCCUCGUCGAGAUGAUGCAGCUGUGCUCUAGGGCCAAGAAGCGACUCUCGUGCUCGCGAGGUCUUGCACAGGUCGCUGAAAAUUUGAUUGAAACUGUCCGCACUCUGGCCCAAGAGCUCGAAGAUAUGAAGAUCCGCUUCGCUAUACAGUACAAUCUCUGUCUAGAUGAGCCACUCGACCUAUCUAGACUGCCAGUCUUGGGAUUAACAUUGCGCCAGGCCCAAUCCCUCCAGGCCCAUUACUGCUGUCUCGUGUUGGACAUCAACACCCCUUUGAGCUACCCGUGGUCGGGGGUCCAUGCCUACGCGGAACAAGACUUGCCGGCCUCUGCACAAGUCGAAAAAUCCUGUAGCGCUGUUGUACAGGCUGCACGGCGUUCGAUUCUUGGAACUCGGCAGAUCCAGUUCGAUGCCAGCUGCACCGCACUGGCUUCAUUGUACACCCCCUUUUACAGUUCCAUUAACCUCUUUAUUCACAUACUCCGAGAUACGAGUAUGUCUUCCACGAAGUCGGAUCUCAUGCUCCUAGAGAUCGCGGUGGGAUAUUUUUCAAGCCUCGAAUUAACUACAGAUUUCGAACUGUCCGUGAGCUUGGUAAGAGAAAUGAGUCACUUCGCUCGUCUUGCCCUCGAACGUGGUAACAACGAAAUCGGGAAUGGUAUUGGCGGUGACCUUGAUACUUACCGCAAUAUCACGGAGUUAUCGCGAGACACUUUCCCUAACAAUUGUGUCUCUGAGCCAGCAGAAUUUGAUAUCUACGAGAACGAAUUCUUCGGCUCCCUACCAGAUGAGACAUUCGAAAUGUGGAGCACUUUACUCCCGUUCACCGAUAUGGAUGAUCUUGUUCUCUGAGCACGACGACAUAUGUCAAGAGCAAUUAUUCAAUAGCGGAACAUUUGAUUUCUAUUUGUACUAGUAUCGAUUGCUAAAGACCUUCCGAUCUGUCAGACGCUGG